AUGGUUGAAUGUCCAAUGGAUCCCUUAACACAAGGGCCAGAAGAGUGUAUUAGAGAUGAGGUUACAAAGACAAUGGCUAUCAUUCUUGAAGAUAUUGGAUUUUCAGGAGUGACUGUGGAAGCAUUAACUGAAUUAAUUAGAUUAUUUGAGACAUAUUUUUGUACUCUGAGUAAAAGAACAAUAAGUUUUGCUAAUUUAGCUAAUCGAGCUGAACCAAGUGUUAAUGAUGUUUUCCAUAGCUUAAAGACGAUGCAUAAUAAAGUUUCUGAAAUAUCUGAUUUUGUUAAACAAAUUGAUAUGCCAAAAAGAGAUCUUUAUCAUGGUCUUCCAUUUAUUGUUGAAAGAAAUCAAGUUGUUAGUAGAGAAAAACCACCAAAAGAAGAUAUUGUUGAAGAUCUUGAUAAAGUGGAAGAAGAAAAUAUUGCUCCAUCAGAGGACAAUGAAGAAAAUCAAAAAAACAUUGAAACUAAUAUUGUGGAAAAGACCACGAAAUCAAAAUUUUUAACACUAUUUAAAGGUCAAAAAGUUACCGAUUUAGGAUUUGAAAUUGUUUCUACUAAAAAACCAAAACCACCACCAGAACCCAUUAAAGUUGAAAAUAAAGAUAUAGAAGAAUCUGUUAAAAUUAAAUUUCCUAAACGUGAUAUUCCCAAAGUGGAUACCUCAAGAAAUUCUAAUAACACUUGCAAAUCUCCAAAAGUUUCCGAAAUGGCUUCAUCAUCCAAACCGCCUCUUACAAAUUUUCCCUUGCUUGGUAAUUUAAAUUUAAAUGAUCUGGCUAAUCAAACAUUUCUACAACAACUUAUGGCAAAUUAUAGUGCUACUGCAGCUAUGUUUGGAAUAGGGAAAAUUCCACCUGAUGCUGCUACACAACUUAAUUUACUUGCUCAAUGUGAUAUGAUUUCUAAACUUGUAUCUCAUAAUUUUUCUUUCCAGAAAGUACAAAAUAAUGCACAAUCAAUUGAUCAAGCAAUUCAAAGAUUUGUUAGUGGUAAUAUUAAUAUUCAAGAACAACAGCCUUAUAAUAAUCACCAACAAAAAGGGCCACAAACACAACAAUUUUCUCAAUUUACACAACAAAAAAGUAAACAAUCUUGUAAAGAGGAUUCUAUUGAUAUGACUAUUGAAAAUGUUCUCAAGAAUGUCACAGCUUCUCCAACCGCAACAUUUAUUCCAUCACAAGUGAAAGUUCCUUCUAAAAAAGUUAACAAAAUUAAAGAAGAUCACUCUAAAUCUGCAACAGAUUCUUCUGGUCUCAAAUUUGAUACACCAACAAGUAGUAUUUCUAAAAUCGGUGGUUCCAACCAAAAUAGUGUUAAUAAAUUUAAUGAUAGUAGUUUUUUGAAUAUUAGUUCCACAAUGCCUUUAGCAGAGUCAACACCCAAAAUAGGAUAUAAUAAAGAAUUCAAUAAACAAACACCUGUACUUCCAAAAAUUAUAAAUAAAUCAGUUCAAUUAACUGAAACUGAUAAAGAGAGAGAAAAACGUGAAAAGCGAGAACGUAAAGAAAAGAAACGUGAAAAAAAGAGACGUAAAAGAGAGGAACGUGAAAGACUUCUACAAACUUUAAAUUCAUCUGAAAUUGAUAAAAAAGUUGGACAAACAAAUAUGCCUAAUAAAAAUUUACAACCAUUAACAAUUGAUGUAAAAUCUUCAGAUAAUUCUGAUGCUGCUAGUAUUUCAUCCUUGUUUACACCAGUUGAAAAGAAACUUCCAAUAAAACUUACUUUUAAAAGAACAAACUCUUCUGUUACAAGUCCAACCGUAUUGACAGCAACUCCUUUAACGUCUCAACUUGCUGAUUCCAAAGUUAAUGAAGAUUUAAAAGUUAAAGUAAAACCUAUAAAUGAUACCACAAAUACAUCAACAAUAGUAGGAAGACAAAAUGAUGAAAUAAAGCAGGUAAAAAGUAUCGAACCUGAUAAUUUGAAUGUGGAUAAAAAGAAACACAAAAAAGAAAAAGGAACAUUGAAAGUUGAAAAUAAUGUUUCUUUUCCAUCAACAAAUCCAGAUAUGUUAAAGAGUAAAAUUAAAAAAAAAGAUAAAGAUAAGAAAAAAAUAACGGAACCACCAACAAUACCAACGGUAAUAGGUUCGUUUAAUGAUAAUGGCUCCGAUUAUAUACGUAAUUUAAAAGAAAAGAUGGCGAAAGAAAAUAAGAUCCAGGCAUCAACUAGUAGUAGUCACUGUAUCAAUAAAGACAAAAGUAAAGAGAGUAGCAUUGUAGUUGAUAAAGAAUCAUCACCAAUCAAAAGGCCAAUGACACCAAUAUCUUUUUCUAGACCAGGUAGUGGCCCUUUGGACAUAGAGAAAGAAGAGAGGGGUAAAUCACAGGUGAAAAAUAUAUUAAAUAAUUUUGGUGUAUCACCAACCAAAAAUAAAGAUAAAAAAGAAAAAAAAAAAAAAAGUAAUGACGGUCUUUCUUUUAACAUAAAAAAAUCAAAUUCUUUUAAACAGUCUUCAGGUGGAAAGAUGUCUAAUUUGUUUCCAUUACAUAAAAAAUCUCCAUCUCUUAAUGAAGAUAGUGGUAAAACAAUGUUAUUACCAUUAAAUGAAACACCGCCUGGUCCAAUAACUCUUCCUUCUAUCAGUGGAAAUGGAGGUGAUGAUGAAGAAAGGUUAUGGAUAUGUCCAAAAUGUCAUGUAGCUUACAAUGAAGAUGCAGAGAUGGUUGGUUGUGAUACAUGCGAAUGCUGGUAUCAUUUUCAUUGUGUUGGUCUUAUAGUAGCGCCAGCAGAACAUGAAUCCUGGUUUUGUGAAGAUUGUCUAAAAAAAGAAAAAAACAAAGAUAGAAAACGUAAAAAUUCCAAAGAUCUUAAUAAAACGACAAAAAUUACCGUUUACAACCCUUAG